AUGCAUACAACAUCGACAUAUGAAUCCACGAAGACGGUAGGCCCGUACCGUAACAUUCUCACCGAAAAGAUCGCUAUCGACUGCGAGAUGAUGCGGUCCAACAUCGGUCAGGUCCUCGGCCGCAUCUCUGUCGUCAAUUACGAGAGCGAAACCAUCUUCGAUAGUUUCGUGUACUACCCAGAGCCCAUCAACAUUACAAACACCGAUGAAGAGUUUUCCGGAAUCGGCUGGAACGAUAUUGAUCCGCAGAACGGCGCCCAACCUUUUUCUGAAGUUCAGACUCAACUGAUCGAGCUUCUCCGCGAUCGGAUUGUGAUCGGCCACGAUAUUCAAAAAGAUUUGAAGGUCAUCUCAAUGGAUUUGCCUGCUCACAUUCUACGGCUUCAGAGUGCUUUUUGGCUGGCCACGCCUCUCAAGUUUGACAUGACAGUCCGCGACACACAGAAGUAUAGUGGGUACCGCCAAUAUGCCAAUCACGGCGCCCACCAGGGCCCCAGUCUUAAGAAUCUGGCGCUGAAGGUGCUGGGUCGCCCGAUCAAGCAGGGUCGAACGUCGAGCGUAGAAGAUGCUGUUGCGACCAUGGAAGUUUAUCGCAAUGCUGAGGUAGACAUCGACCGAGAACAAGGGCAGUGGGGCUUGACUUAUUGA